UUUGUUUUGACACAUGAACCAUCUGUCAAAGGAGCUAAUCUGUCAAAUUAUCUCUUGAAGCAGGAAAAAUUGUGCAAUAACCAAAAUCCAAUUUGAAAUAUCCUUCCAAUCAUCACAAUUACCUGUGUUUCCUAGGUGUCGAUAAGUAGAUACGUUUCUUCCAAUUCACCCUUAAUCGUUGUAAGGAAAUCAACAAGUUCAAACAGAAGCAAAAUGUUUCUCAAACAAGCCAUUCGAUUGCUUCAUACAACACGACCGGUGUUUGCAGGUGCCGAAAAGAGUUCCCUAGCAACGUUACGUAAAAAGACUGGUUACACCUUUGCCAAUUGCAAAAAAGCUCUCGAAAUGCACAAUAAUGACUUGUCUAUGGCAGAGAAAUGGCUUCACGAACAGGCACAAAGCAUGGGUUGGUCCAAGGCCACAAAACUAGAAGGUCGUGCAACUGCUCAAGGUCUUGUUGGUGUCUUGAUCAGGGGCAACGUUGGAGCCAUGGUGGAGGUUAACUGUGAGACAGAUUUCGUUGCUCGAAAUGAUCAUUUUAAGAAAUUCGUUGACCAUGCCUCGAGAGUAUGUGCCAAAUACACCGAAAUGACCGAAUUCGAUGGUGAUUUAUGGAAGCUUGGUUUUGAAGCAGAUGCUUUGAAAAACCUCAAAGCCGAAGAUGGCAAAAGUCUCGGCGAUCAUUUGGCUCUGCUUAUCGGAACAGUCGGAGAGAAUGCCUCCAUUCGGCGAGCUAUCUGUUUCAAAACUAACAAUUUCUUGAAACUUUCCGGCUACACACAUCCAACAUCUACAUCGAUUGCCCCAUCAGAUGUUACUCAAGUAGGAAAAUACGGUACAAUUGUAGCAUUUAGAGGAGACUCAAUGGACGUGGAGUUGCAAAAGAACCUGUGUCAGCAUAUAGUUGGAAUGAAUCCGAAAAAAAUUGGAGAAGAACACAAGGACAAGCCAGUUGAAAAUAAAGACGAUGAAACUUGUCUGAUCUUCCAGGAGUUUUUGGUUGAUUCGGAUAAAGUUGUUGGUGAUGUGUUGAAGGAAAACAAUUGUGACAUUAUUGAUUAUCAACGAUUUGAAUGUGGCGAAGAAGCAAAGAGUCAGCUGGCUGAGGAGGCACAAAUGUCCAAUUGAUUGAUGAGUUGUUGAGGUGUUGUCGAAGUUAAUAAACAAAUUUAAUGUUAAAAGUCA